AUGGAAGACAACAACGCCCCCAAAGGCCAGAGACCCCGAUUGACGUGCACCGAGUGCUAUCGGAGGAAGAUCAAAGGGUAUGCAAGUUUCUGUUCGAGAGAUGAAACUCCUGCUACGCCGUCCGCCCCUCCAGCCUAUCAAGCUCGCCACGAGUCGACGACUUCCAGCGAUCUUGUGCGCGCACUUCUGGACCGCGUAAGUCAGCUUGAAGCUAAAUUACAAGAACAACACGACCCAGGCGCGAUCGAUACGCCUACAUCAUGUCCCGCAGUCUCCAAUAGCCCGACAGUUCUGGGCCAUAAUGAGACACCGACACCUAUUUUGCCUCCGGAUAAUACCGCUGCCCCACCGCCUACGGAAACGGGUGAUGUAGCGACUGUCCUUGAGUUUCUAGCAUGGGGCCGUAAAAAGGACGCUGAUUAUGGGACGUCGCCAGAGCACCACAGCGGGCCAAGACGGCUCAGCACCAGGCGUGACCACGAAGCUAUUACAUCAAACAUACUCUCUGAGAGCAGCAGAGAUGUGCAGCUCGAUGUAUUAGAAGCACUUCUUCCGAACAAAACUCAUAUUGUACAACUUGUGGAGUACCAUAACAACUCCAUCUUAUGGUACCACAGCUCUUACUCUUCGACAAUAUUCAACAGUGACCUGGAAGUUUUUCUGGCUGAAUACGAGGGCAAUGUCCGCAAUGAAGACCUCAAUUUGCAAUGGCUGGGUCUUUUGUUCUCGGUCAUCACUGGUAGUAUCACAUGUGCACCGCCGUCUGUGUGCGAAGCGUGGGGGUUUUCCCUGGCGGAAAGGACAGUCCUGUCACAAAAAUGGUACGAAGCAACUGUUACCUGCCUCAACAUCGCUCAGUAUAUCGAGAUCCAUACGAUAUACUCUGUCCAAGCGAUUGCUACUUUGACUAUCGCAGCUCACUCGCUCGGCAAGUCGAGCAGUCAGUCAAUUUUGCUUGCUUCAGCAGGUCGAAUAGCACAAAGCCUAGGGUUACACCGCCUCGGACAAGAAACCGCCAUCAAUACCACACCCAAAGAGCAGCUACGGGAACGCGAAGCUGGAAGGAGAGUGUUCAAUCAACUCUGUACACAAGAUUGGUUUCAGAUUCCUUUCUCAGAGUCCUACGCGCUCAAUCCUCGCUUCUGCCAAACUGCCAAACUAAUGAACUGCAAUGAUGACGACAUGGUACCUCAGCCACUGUCAAUACCAACACAAGCAAGCUACUGCAAUUAUCGUUACGACAUUGCAGCGCUUAUGCCCCGACUCCUCGAUGCAAUGAGUGGUUGCAACACGCUCUUCACAAAAUACGAGCAGGUACUGCAGUAUGAUGAGAAAAUGCGAAAGCUGGCUACCGCAUGCAUGCCCACAUUCCUAUCCACAAAUGAGCCAUUAGCCACAGACUGGCCAAUUUACGUAGGGUGGGCCAGAAGAUCAUUAACCAUAUGCGCUUCACACAAGAUCAUUAUGAUACACCGGAAGUUCCUCGGGCUAUCAUUUACUAACUCCGCCUUCUCGUUCACUCGUAGAACUUGCAUAGCGGCAUCUAAGACUAUUUUGAAAGAGGCACUGUCAUCAUGCCAUGAACAGGGACCGAUACUAUGGAUCGAGCAGGCAUUCUCUGUAGCAGCAGGCAUAAUCCUCAGCCUUGAUUCAUUCCAUCGAUCUGCAAGCGAAAAAGAGUAUGAGAAACAUACAAGGCUCGUCAGGGACACGAUUCGUUACCUGAAGCAAUUCGAUAAUAGCAAGAUAGCAUCACGGGGUGUAGAGCUGCUAUCAGCGUUACAAGAAGAGCUUCGUGAAGGAGGUAACAUCGAAGUGAGGAAGCGGCCACGGACCGCCGAGCACAAUGAUGCAGCAUCAUCACCAAAACGAACUCGUCUGUUCAACGUGGACAAAUUCAUUAGCAACGUAUCACAGAACUUGCAAGUUACAACACCCGCAACCACACCGACAUCCGAAGAUCCAGAGAUCGUAGCGGAUACUUCGUGGAACUCUUUUGCAAGCUUUCUACCACCACAAACGGGUUUUGGGGGACAUAACAUGUUUGAUGAGUUACUUUCAUUCCAGUUUUGA